CAUGAACUAAACUACAAUGACCAGCGUGCCCCGCGCCCCGCGCCCCCUCUCUUUCAGCCUCCGGGACUUGAGAGGCUCAGCCGACCUGCUGACUGAAAACCGAUAUGGCGGCCACUCUGGGCAGCGGGGAACGCUGGACCCAAGCUUACAUUGAUGCAAUUAGAAGAAACAAAUACCCAGAAGACCGACGACCUGGCAGUCAUGAUCCCUGUGGUUGCUGUAACUGCAUGAAGGCACAAAAGGAAUCGAAGUCUGAGAAUGAGAGGACACAGCCCCGGCAGGGAGAGGGGAGCUCCACUUACACCGAGGAACAGCUACUUGGGGUCCAAAGAAUCAAGAAGUGCAGAAAUUAUUAUGAAAUUCUGGGAGUUUCUUGCAACGCCAGUGAUGAAGAACUUAAGAAAGCUUACAGGAAGCUCGCCCUGAAGUUUCAUCCUGACAAGAACUGCGCUCCUGGAGCAACUGAUGCCUUCAAAGCAAUAGGAAAUGCCUUUGCGGUCCUGAGCAAUCCCGACAAGAGACUCCGCUACGAUCAGUAUGGAGAUGAGCAGGUGACUUUCACUGCACCUCGAGCCAGAUCUUACCAUUAUUACAGGGAUUUCGAAGCUGACAUCUCUCCAGAGGAACUAUUCAAUGUGUUCUUUGGAGGACAUUUUCCUUCAGGAAAUAUUCACAUGUUCUCAAAUGUGACAGAUGACAGUCACUAUUAUCGCAGGCGACCCCGCCAUGAGAGGACACAGACACACAAGAGAGAGGAAGAAGACAAACCUCAGACUCCAUAUUCCACAUUUGUUCAGCUGCUUCCAGUUCUGGUGAUUGUGAUUAUUUCUGUCAUUACUCAGCUGCUGGCCACUAACCCCCCAUAUAGUCUAUUCUAUAAAUCAACCUUGGGCUAUACCAUUUCUAGAGAAACGCAGAACCUGCAGGUGCCUUACUUCGUGGAUAAAAACUUUGACAAGGCCUACAGAGGAGCUUCUCUUCGUGACCUGGAGAAAACAAUUGAGAAAGACUAUAUUGACUACAUUCAGACAAGCUGUUGGAAGGAGAAACAGCAAAAGUCAGAGCUGACCAAUCUGGCGGGGCUGUAUCGAGAUGAGCGGCUGCGGCAGAAGGCAGAGUCACUGAAACUUGAAAACUGUGAAAAACUUUCCAAGCUAAUCGGCCUCCGGAGGGGCGGCUGAGACGAAGACGGCCUGACUCAGGAUGGGGGUUUCUUACUUGUUACUAUUUACAUUGCAAAUCCAUUUUAUAAUACAAGUUAGGAGAUGAUGAACACUUACUAUCUGCUGACUUUGUUGGGCAGAGCUGCAGGACAUGGAGCCACGCUCGUCACCAUCCAGUUCUUCCAGGCCGGCUCCAGGGCAGGGGCAGUUCAUCUCAGUUACGGGAAUGGAGAGCAGGGCAUCCCAGAGAAGACCCGCAUUUCUGCCUUCAUCCUUGCAGCAAAAGCCCACUCCCUAGGCAUUUCUAGGCUCGGCCAAUGCACUUCACAGUUACUGAUGGCGUCUGCUGAGAGUCACACCUCUCUGCCAUAGUCGCCAUCCCCCAGUGUUGGGUUUUCCCCUUCCUAAGGAGAGUAGAGAGAAACUGAACUGUUUGGCCAGUAGUUUGGUGUUAUCCAAGUUUGUUGAGGCAGGAGCAUUAGCAAACUGCCUGAUUUGUGGUUUCUUUUCUUUCUUUUUUGGGAGAAGGGCUCAUUCUGUAGCCCAGACUAGCCUGGGACUCACUAUACACUCCAAGAUGGCCUUGAAUUUGCAAUGUUCUGCCUAAGAGCUGGGAUUACAGGCAUCAGAUACCUUACCCAGUAAGGUUCCUUUUACCUCCUUAGUCAGCUCUCUCAAAGGGUCUAGAAAGUCAAAUCUGUGAGCAGGCUAGGCGCGGUAGCGCACACCUUUAAUCCUAGCACAGGCAGAGACAGACCAAUCUUUAUGAGCUCAAGGCAGGGCUAAGGAAGAAGGUAAAAUACAAGACUGUCAGCUCCUCGGUGUAGAUUCCUGGUCCAUUUUGCAACUAGAGAGCACUGUGUCCCUUCCCCUUUAAAUCGUCAUUUAGUAUGGUAGGUUGUGCCCUGAGCACAAGUAUGCACAGAAGUGCAGUGGUCAAACCCAAGAGGAGGCUUGGGCCUAGAGACCCAAAGGGAGGAGCCUGGCUCUGUGGCACGGAGGGCUAAUACUAGCCUUAACAAUCACUUUGUUUGACUCAGAGUCCUGUGCAUUUUAGUACGAGGUGGUCUUCCAUGCAUUCAGUAUUUAUGGAGUGUCUACUACAAAGCAAUGGUUUUCACAUGUCUCUCUCUCUUUUUUAAAUUUAUGCCUCCUCAAAAUUUGCAGAGCUGGCAUUCCCUCUUUCAUGAAUCAGAACAGGACAAAUGGUUGGCCUGGGUCAUGUGACUAGGUGAGGAAGUACAGAACGUGAAAGAUCGUCCUGUUUCUCAGAUGACUCUAGCCAGGUUGGCAAAGCAGAGAUUUUCCCUGGAAUGCUUCUGCCGUCUGGAACACCUCUGCCACCAGUUUGCACCCUUCAGGACUGCUACCCUGCUGAUCUUUCAGAAGCAGGACCAGGACUGGAGAGAUGGCUCAGUGGUUAAGAAGAGCCCGGCUGCUCUUUCAGAGGACUCAGGUUCGAUUCCAAAUACCCACGUGGCAGCUCACAACUAUCUGUAACUCCAGUCCCAGAGUAUCCAGCUCCCCCUUCUGGCCUUCACGGUCACUGCAUGCACCUGGUGCACAUACAUACAUGCAGGCAAAACACCCAUACAUGUUUUUUAAAAAGUAGGACCCUUUCAUACAAAUCUUUUUUUUUUCUACCACUAGACGACCAGGGAUCAUACAAAUCUUUCAGAGGAAGAAAAAACAGUUCUUUCUAGAACUAAGUCAUUGAUUUCCCAGACUGGGUGGUUGUGCCUUCCUGUGGAGGGCAAUGCCAGAUCUGAGUUCCUGAGCUGCCCAGAUUGUCAUGAAACUGACUUUGAAAGGUUACUGGUUCAUAUUUCAUUUCUUUUUAGAUAGGGCCUCAUGUAUCCCAGGCUGGCCUCAAAGCCUGGCCUUGAAAUAUAGCCAAAACCUUUGAACUUUUUUUUUCUCUAGACAGGGUUUCUCUGUGUAGCUCUGGCUGUCCUGGAACUCACUCUGUAGACCAGGCUGGCCUCGAACUCAGAGAUCUGCCUGUCUCUGCCUCUCAAGUGCUGGGAUUAAAGGUGUGUGCCACCACACCAAGCCCCUUUUUAUUAUUAAUCAUCAUCAUUAUUUAUUAUUAUUAUGUUUUGUUUGUUUCAAGACAGGGUUUCUCUGUGUAGCCUUGGCUGUCCCGGAUUUCACUUUGUAGACCAGGCUGGCCUUGAACUCAGAGAUCUGCCUUUGCCUCUGGAGUACUGAGACUAAAGGUAUGUGCCACCACCCUGAAACCCUCCUGCCUCUACCUCCUGAAUGCUAGAGUCACUCCUGGCUGCUGUGCUGCUGGGGAAAGGACCUAAGGCAUUGUGCAUGCUAGCCUACUAAGCUACAUCCCCAGACUUACCUUCCGAAUUUUUUGAAAACCUCUUUAACCUAUGAGCAGCAGGGAAUUUACUUUGUAAAAUGUGCCAGGCACGGUGAAACACACCUUUAAACCCAGCACUCAGGAAGCAGAGGCAGAUAGAUUACUGUGAGUUCUAGGCCAGCCUGCUCUACAUAGCAAGUUCAUAGUGAAACCCUGUCUCAAAACAAACAACAGCAAAAACCAUGCGUUGUAAAAAUAUACCCAUGAACCAGACAAGCCUGUGGAGAGCUCUUAGCCAUGAAGAACGCAAAGCUCUCCUCUCCCAGCCUCAGCCUGGGCUAGAAAGUGGCUGGAUGCCAUGAAUAGUUUGUGGAUUUCAUGGCAGUGAUGAAUUAUCUUGGUGAUGACCUCAGAGUCAGUCUAGCCCAGCUCCAUUAAAUGUCACACCGACUGUCUGUUCUCAUAGCCUGGUGUACUGUUUUAUUUACUGCUGAUGGACUACAGUACUCACAUCUGGUUUCCUCAAGAGGGCCAGACUUGCUCUGGUUGAAGGGUAGUUUAAUCUAUUUGGCACUAUGUAGAAUUGCGUUAAACUCUUAAUUUCUUGCUUAUAAUUUAGAUACCUUGUCUUCAUAUUGAUAAAAUAAGCUUUGUACUCUUGCCUCUGUCUUUGACGAGGUUUCCUGGCAGUGUAAACUCUUUAGCUAUGGCUUUUCUAGCUGCCAGUGCGGCUCACAGUUUGAGACCCAGGACUGAGACUGUGAUGGGAGUGAGGGCUCACCCGGGGCCAGGAACUGACGUUCAGAUGAAGUGCUCUCUUUAGUGAGAGGGAGAAGGAAGCUCCUACCGGUGAGGAGCAGGGCAGCCGGAAGGAGCCCCUGUCCUUGUUCAUCUGCUCAAGCAGGAGCCAUCUCAGCCUCACUGGUCAGCUCAGGUAAGAACAUAGUAUCACCGUGCAUGCUUCCGGGACCUGUUAGGCAUGACAGGAAACGCCAUGCCCUGCUGGCAUCAGGGCCCAGCAGGCUGGCUGAGCUGCAGCUGCUUUCAUUCUCCUCAUCACUGUGCUCAGAGCUAGCGCUGCCAGGGGCACCUUGAGAUCCCAGCACUGGCCACACAGCCACCCGUUGUCUGCAUGCACUGCCCUCCCAGGAGCUGGCACUUAGUUUGUAUCACUUCAAGUAUUAGAUUGGUGUCCUAAUUAUUUAUUUUGGGAAAGGACCAAGUUACUAUACAUCUUAAUGUUUGGGCCUGCGCUGUUGGUACCUCAUGCAGUGGUCACCAAGUUCCUGAGUCUACCUUUGCAUCACUCUCAGUGUUUGGAGGUGGGAGUGUUCUGUGACCAGAGUCAGGAAUGACACAUGGGAAAAUGCUGAAAAGUCUGGCCACCUGAUCAUUGCAUCUAGAAUGAGUGUAUUUUAACAAAGUAAACAUUAAACAAUUUUAUAUACAAAAUG